AUUAGAGUCUCAACCCCCAAUAAAUAUAGGACUGGAGAUGUCUGAGGCUCAUUCUGCCCUCGAGCCCACCGGGAACGAAAGAGAAGCUCUAUCUCCCCUCCAGGAGCCCAGCUAUGAACUCCGUCUCCACAAGUAAGUGCAGGAAAUCCUUAGCCCUGGAACUGCCAGCGGCGGUCGAGCCCUGUGUGAGGGAGGGGUGUGUGGCCCAGGGAGGGCUGGCGGGCGGCCAGCAGCAGAGGCAGGCUCCCAGCUGUGCUGUCAGCUCACCCCUGCGCUCGCUCCCCUCCGGCACAGGCGCCUUCGGUCCAGUUGCCUUCUCCCUGGGGCUGCUCCUGGUGUUGCCUGCUGCCUUCCCUGCCCCAGUACCCCCAGGAGAAGAUUCCAAAGAUGUAGCCGCCCCACACAGACAGCCACUCACCUCUUCAGAACGAAUUGACAAACAAAUUCGGUACAUCCUCGACGGCAUCUCAGCCCUGAGAAAGGAGACAUGUAACAAGAGUAACAUGUGUGAAAGCAGCAAAGAGGCACUGGCAGAAAACAACCUGAACCUUCCCAAGAUGGCUGAAAAAGAUGGAUGCUUCCAAUCUGGAUUCAAUGAGGAGACUUGCCUGGUGAAAAUCAUCACUGGUCUUUUGGAGUUUGAGGUAUACCUAGAGUACCUCCAGAACAGAUUUGAGAGUAGUGAGGAACAAGCCAGAGCUGUGCAGAUGAGUACAAAAGUCCUGAUCCAGUUCCUGCAGAAAAAGGUGGGUGUGUCCUCAUUCCCUCAACUUGGUGUGGGGGAAGACAGGCUCAAAGACAGUGUCCUGGACAUCUCAGGGAUGCAAUGCCACUUCCAAAAGAGAAGGCUACAUGUAAACAAAAGAGUCUGAGAAAUAGUUUCUGAUUGUUAUUGUUAAAUCUUUUUUUGUUUGUUUGGUUGGUUGGCUCUCUUCUGCAAAGGACAUCAAUAACUGUAUUUUAAACUAUAUAUUAACUGAGGUGGAUUUUAACAUCAAUUUUUAAUACUGCAAGAGAUUUAAAAACAAAAGGCGGGGGCAGAAAAAAAAUGCAUCCAACUCCAGCCAGUGAUCCACAGAAACAAAGACCAAGGAGCACAAAAUGAUUUUAAGAUUUUAGUCAUUGCCAAGUGACAUUCUUCUCAUUGUGGUUGUUUCAAUUCUUUUUCCUACAUUUUACCAGAAAGUUAGUUCAGAGAAAUGGUCAGAGACUCAAGGGUGGAAAGAGGUACCAAAGGCUUUGGCCACCAGUAGCUGGCUAUUCAGACAGCAGGGAGUAAAGACUCGCUGGCUAGCAUGUGGAGGAGCCAAAGUUCAAUAAGAAGGGGCCUAGAAUGAAACCCUUGGUGCUGAUCCUGCCUCUGCCAUUUCUACCUAAGCCAGGGUUUCUCAUAUGUUAACAUGCAUGGGAAUUCCCCGGGCAUCUUCUUGUGGUGUGGAGUCUGACUUAGCAAGCCUCGGGUGGGUUUGAGGGUCAAAUUUCUACCAGGCUUAUAUCCCUGGUGAUGCUGCAGAAUUCCAGGACCACACUUGGAGGUUUAAGGCCUUCCACAAGUUACUUAUCUCAUAUGGUGGGUCUAUGGAAAGGUGUUUCCCAGUCCUCUUUACACCACCGGAUCAGUGGUCUUUCAACAGAUCCUAAAGGGAUGGUGAGAGGGAAACUGGAGAAUAGUAUUAGAUUUAGAGGCCACUGAAGAACUCAUAUUAAAAUGCCUUUAAGUAUGGGCUCUUCAUUCAUAUACUAAAUAUGAACUAUGUGCCAGGCAUUAUUUCAUAUGACAGAAUACAAACAAAUAAGAUAGUGAUGCUGGUCAGGCUUGGUGGCUCACGCCUGUAUUCCCUAAACUUUGGGAGCCUAAGGUGAGAACUCCUUGAACUCCUAAGGCCAGGAGUUCAAGACCAGCCUGGAUAACAUAGCAAGACCCCAUCUGUACAAAAAACCAAAACCAAACAAACAAAAAUGAUAGUGGUGCUUCCCUCAGGAUGCUUGUGGUCUAAUGGGAGACAGAAAAGCAAAGGGAUGAUUAGAAGUUGGUUGCUGUGAGCCAGGCACAGUGCUGAUAUAAUCCCAGCACUUUGGGAGGCUGAGGUGGGUGGAUCACUUGAGGCCAGGAGUUUAAGACCAGCCUGGUCAACAUGGUAAAAUCCCAUCUCUACUUAAAAAUACAAAAAAGUUAGCCAGGCAUGGUGGCAUACACCUGUAACCCAGCUACUCAGGAGGCUGAGGCACAUGAAUCACUUGAACCCAGGAGGCAGAGGUUGCUGUGCACCACUGCACUCCAGCCUGGGUGACAGAGCGAGACCUUGACUCAAAAAAAAAAAAAAAAAAAAAAGAAGUUUGUUGCUAUGGAAGGGUCCUACUCAGAGCAGGCACCCCAGUUAAUCUCAUUCACCCCACAUUUCACAUUUGAACACCAUCCCAUAGCCCAGAGCAUCCCUCCACUGCAAAGGAUUUAGUCAACAUUUAAACAAUCCUUUUUACUUUCAUUUUC